CCAUUUUCUACAAGAUUUGAAGCCCAACAGGCAAAAGGGGUGAAUACCUUCAGCAUAAAAGAAGAAAGUUAUUCUAUUCCAUAUCCUCACAUGAAACACAGCAAUAUUGUUACAAGCCAUUUUCACACAUUGAAGGCAUCAGCAAUGUGAUGAAGACAAUUGAAGAAGCACUCAUGUUCUUAUUUCCAUUGCAAUACAAACCUACACUUGGUCAUAUGAAGGUGCAUGUGCCAAAUUCAACCAUGUACUGUUACGAGGCACAUGGAACAGACAUUCCAAGGAAGUGAAAUAUUUGUAAUGCAGUUACUUAACUUGUCCAGUCAGAAGGGCAAUGCGCUAAAUACAAAAAAAAAAAAAACCUACAGGCCCACUAUGCAAUGCUUUUGCCAAACUACACAAAACUUCAAUGUGUGCAAGUUCACAAUGACCAGGAAAAGAAGUAAACAAAUUUCUUGAAGAUGGAAUGAAAAAGAAAUGUUGCGACAAUUGAGAAAUGAGUUCUUUACUUUCUAGUGGCACACGGAUAGACAGUCGGUGGGCACAAUUUGAACUUCAACUCAUGGCAGUGUUGCAGGGGCAAAUACCACUCAUACUUCCAAGCGUCGGUUACAAUGAGAGAAGAGAAGGCCUUGGAUGUGGCCCUCGAUGCCAUGAUUAGCCGAACCCAGGAUUUGAAGAAUUCAAUUGCAGGCUUCAUCAUCAAGCUUGAAACCGAGUACGAGACGCUGCAAUGGCCAUCAGUUCUGAACAGCUUCGCCCUGUUGUCCGGACAGCUAAACACCCUCAUGAAAGUGCUGCGAAACGAGAAGACUCCACCACUCAGGAAUAGAAUCCUACUGCCACUCUUUUUGAACCCUGAGCGAGAUGAAGAGCUAGCUAAGUUGACUGAGAACAGAAUUCAGUUCUUCAAUCAUGAAGUGGUCCCCGACUACCUGCGCACCAAGCCAGAUCCAGAAAUAGAAGCUGCAGAGCUCCAGAUCAACACCAAGGCCAGCCAGAUGUCCAUGGACGCCGCACAGAAACAAAUAGCUUCACUCAACAAAAUUGUGAACACCAUAGAGACACUACUGAAGACUGCACGUGAAGAUUGGGAAAGCACAUCAGGUCAGCGGAGUGCCUUGGCCCAGACAUCUUCGCCAGCGGAUACCAACACCUUGAUCAGUGCUCUGAGCACUGGCAAGGGCCUGCGGCCCAGUCUCGGCUCCCCCAAGAGCCAGUCCCCGUUGCCCACAGCCCAGGCCAGAGGAGCCAAGGCCUUUUCUAUGCACCCAGCCGGCAAAAUGCCAAGUGCCAUCAAGACCAAUAUCAAGUCCGCUGGCGCCUCUCAUCCCUAUGGCCGAUGAUCAAUAAAGCCACCUUCCCCUCUUCUCCUGAAUGUAA